AUGGCGAAGUGCCUUGUCUCACGAACCUUCCUGAAGGAUCUUUGGAUCGUCUUCGAUCCUCGGUUCGUCGUUUUGCUCUCCCAAUGUCUUGUUGGUAACAGAUACUCCGAUCUGAGACAAGGUUACUUGUCUGAAGAUCUUUUCGAGGACUUUGAUGAUGGAUCUCUGUGUGCCUUGUGUUUGCGACCAGAUCGGCAUUCUGAGGCAUUGCCUGUUCUUCCUUCAACUGAGGAGUACUCGCUGCAGUCGAAUGCCUCAAAAGGGAAGCUGCCGCAAUCGCUUCAGUUUGUCGCUCCACAGCGUUUUGUUACUUCGUCUUUGGUCCAGACUCUGUCACACAUUGACAAUAUGCUUCAGGGUACUGAGUUGGAAGUUCACACGAACAAUGGAAAGACGCUUCCACUGGUUCAUCGUCAUCCUGAUGCAGUUGUCAUCUUGUGGAACAAGGGUGAUCAUGACCGUAUAGUUUGCCUGACGAUGUCGCAGCUCCUUCCAUGUCUCAAAGUCAAAGACAUGAAGGCAGACAGUUGGUUCAUGAUUGUGUUUCGGAACGAGUCGAAAGGUCCGACUGUGCGUCGGGGGCUUGAUGUUGGGUUGGAUUUCACUGAUCAACCUGCGCCAACUCCCGAAGUGCUGCCACAACCGCCUGGCGCGGGAGACGAUGUGGACUAUCCCGGAUACGAAGAUCUUCGCGGCGAAAUGCCAGUGGAUGAUGAGGAUAUGCCGCCACCUCAGGGCCAGCAACCUGAACCGGAUCUUGACGAUGAUCCGAUAGAGCUUGGUGCCGGUGGUGAUCCUCCUUCCAUUCCUCCCGGAGUCCGCGCGCAAGUCCCGGACCUCCGCCGAAAGGCGGUUUACACGGAUCGGGACCUGGUUUUGGGCCUUCGCCUAACGAGCAGCCUUUGCCUACGCCACCUCCUCCUGAGGUCUACGGCUAAGUCGCGGAUGGUGCGCCCAUCCGGUCCUCCGGUGGUGUUGUUGCCUGGAGUGGGCCGGAAGGAGAGAUCUCCUAUUCAGCAAACACCCAUCCCAGAACCCGCCCCGGAACCUCCUGUGCCGGAUGCGGGUGGCGAGUCGGAUUCUAAUGCAAGCGUUGAUUACCGUGACGACCUCUUGCUUGCUGUUGCUGUUGGUGACGAAGAUGUUCUGAUCCGUUGGCCUAAGAACUUUGCGGUGCUGUCGUUUGUGCCGUUGGAUGGUGACGGGUUUGCGUCUUGGUUGACCAAGCAAGACAAAAUCAAAGCGGGUACCGUUACACCUGAAAUGCAGCGUAAGUACGCGAAGGAGAUUCGCGCGGCUAAGUUGGCAGAGAUUAAGAGUGUUGACGAGAACGGUUACUUUUCCAAGUUCAAAGCCAGUUGGGUCUGCCGCGGUUUGCAGGACAAGUUUGCCUGGGACCAACUAACGGACAGUCCUACGGCCAUUCGUUUUUGGGACGUUUUUCAUUUGGAUCUCAAGACUGCCUUACUUCAGGGGGGAACACUACAAUUUGUCAUCUCAAUCGGUCGUCGUUCAGUUGCCUCCGGACAUAGAUGGUGGAACCGACUUGACAAGUUCCUUCGGUCGGUUGGUCUCGAACCUACUCGAGCUGACCGACGCACGUAUGUCGCAUACGAUGGCGUCGAAGGCUACAAGGGUAAAAGCUACCUCUCCACGGGAGCCACAACCUCCUGGUUAUCUCAAGGAAAUAUCCUGUUUGUCAUGCCCAGACAUUGCUCAGUGCUUUACACCAGCGCUACGAAGAAGAUGGUUGACUAUGCUUGGAGACCUGUGAGCGAUCAAAAGCUUCUUAGGUUCUUGGGCAGUGUCGUGUGUAAGAAGAGCGGCUGGUUCCCUUAUGAGAACGGACAUGCUCUGAUUUCGCACAGGGCUAAAGCUCUCCGUAGUCCAGCAUCUGUUUACCAGGUUGAGGACUAUCCUUACCGUGUCUCGACGAUGCUCCGGAAAGGCACUUGGUGGAUUGUCGAGCGGCCCCAUGACUUGAGACAAGACAGUAAGCCCUGCAAUCUUGAGGAAGAGGCUGAAGUCUUGGUCUUGCACGAGAAAGCAUCGUACAAGGUCGAGACCUGUCUGAGCUCUCUCCCGAGCUUGUCGAUCAGUUGCUUGAACACUUUGUUGAUCCUGUGCAUGGAAGUCCCAGCAAAGGCCGAAAGACAGUUGGAGUUAUGCAAGAAGGGGAAAAGCUACCUUUCGACGGGAAGCUUCUCACAGGAGAAGGAACCCGAGCCAGAACCUCCUGGUUAUCUCAAGGAGCUUGCCCUUCAUGCGGUGUCAUGCUACGCAUAUGAUGAAGAAAGUCGUUCUACCUCCGACCACACGGAGGAAAGAUCCUAUUUGUCAUGCCCGGACAUUGCUCAGAGCUUUAACACCGAGACAACGAAGAAGAUGGUCGACUAA